UUUUAGGAAAAAAUACACAUGGGGAGUAAAAAAGGCAUUUAAAAAAUUUUGUAGGAACAACUUAACCAGUGUGGAGCAUUUUUUUCUGAGCAAAGAGUCAAAAAAGAAGCAGUUAAGGUAGCCUUUUUCCACGGUCAUUUCCUAUGUGCAAGUACCCUUUUAAUGUACAGCGCUAAUGCGAGCUUUUGCGGGAAGCUGUGAUAUGAGAAGUGUAUGCCAAUUUCUCGUAUGAUUCUUUUUGUGGGCAGCUUUUCCCCCAGCUGGCCCAACCCGAGCACAUCUAUAACGCGCCUCUUUUAAUCGGCAUUCCAAAUGCUUCCCCCGUAAAUUGUACAUGUGGAAAGCUGCCCAUUUUGGAAAUACGAAAGGGAAAAAGAAAGCAACAUGAAAUAGGAAAUAAGAGGAACCCCCACUUGAGAGAAUCGGUGAAGAUGCUUAAAAAGGGCAUCGAAUUGUAAAACCACUCACCCACAAGUGUAUCACCCCAGACGUCGCAUCAAAAUGACAUUCCCCUUAUGUAGAUACUUUGCAGUUGCAUUGAGCAGCUACUACUGUGUGAAGAGAAAAAGAACUGUCUGUUAUUGCGAAAAUGGGAAGAUUGAAGAAAGAGUGUUCCUUUUUGGCGAUAGGCGAUCGUUGAUGAAGGGAACGAAGCAAAAUGGAGAGGUACCUUUUUUUUCGAAAAAUAAUAUUAAGGUAAAAAAAAUAACCUUUGGUAAUUGCAUAGGUAGCUGUAUAACCGAGAAUGAUGACGUUUACAUAUGGGGGUCAUAUGAAGAUGAUGAACAGAAGGGGGUGAUCUAUACAACCCCAGUGAAGCUAAACACAGACGAAGGAAUUAGCGACAUACAAUUUUCGAAUAAUGAUAUAUACCUUAUGAGCAAAAAAGGGGAAUUAAAAAUUGUUAGAAGUUAUAAAAAUUGCUUAAAAAGAAAUGAAUUCAAAGUUGAAGAUUUUUACAAGUGUAAAAAUAGUUUUUUUUUUCAGAACGAACGAAUAAUCAAGUUAAGUGUUAAUAAAUAUCACCUAGCUUUUGUUACAAAUAAGGGAAAUGUGUAUUGCUCAGGCAGUAAUUUGUAUGGACAGUGUGCGAGGGAGCCAUCCUUUAGGAAUAACUUCAAUAUAAAUUACAAUUUCGAAUUUGCCAACAAGUUAAAUGGCACGUUACACAUGAUUAGUAAAAAUAGCGUCGGGGGGGGUGUUCAAAAUGGGGGGGAAGACCCAAGUGAACAUGCCCAAACGGAGCAUAUCCCCAAUGGGUACUCCAUCAGGGUUAAGGAUGAAGGAACGGCGGUUUUCUCCAAAAGUGCCGAUUCGCAUGAUGGAAUUAAUUCUAGCCAGCCGGAUGGGAAAACUGAACGAGGGGAUACACCUGUGUGUGGUACCCACGAUGUGGACCAAAUUCCCAAAGAGUUAAACGAUAGUAGUAGCUCAUUGGCAUACACCCAUUUGCGUAGCGAAAGGAGGGAAGAAUACGAAGAUGCGGAACACUUGAGUCACUUAAUCACGAAUGAUGAAAGCUACAAAUGCGAUAAAAAUAAUUAUGUUCAUAUUAAUAAAGUACCAUUUGAGGGGAAAACAAAAAUUGUGGAUGUGUCCUGUGGACUAAACCAUACACUAUGUCUGGACGAUGAAAAUAAUAUUUACAGUUUUGGAGAUGAUAGUAAAAUCCAACUAGGGUUGGGAGAAAGCAGAACAAAUCAAAAUUCCCUGUCAGGAACCAGCUGGAAAGAUCAGUUAAAACUUGGGUAUUCCACUGUAACAAAAAAUUUGGCAAAUUAUUCUUUUUAUGAUAGACACAUACAAAGCAUUCCACAGAAGGUCCUAAAAAAAAUGAAUGAUAACGAAAUGGUUGAUGAGAUUUACAAAAUUAAUGCAGGGUCGAAUUUCUCCAUGAUACAUUCAAAUGACAAAUUUGGAAAGCAAUUGUUCUGUUUCGGAGAUAAUAUGUAUUUUCAGUGUGGACGGCAUAUGGGCAAACAUCAGCAGACAUUAUCUACUGUAAAGCUGCCUAACAACAAAAUAAAAGAUUUUUCCUGUGGUGAUAAGCAUUGUUUGUUAAUUCUGAAUGAUAAGCUUUACGGCUGGGGGUACAACAACAAGCAUCAAAUAACUCCAUAUAAAAAUAAAGGAAUAAUUAACUAUCCGGUGCAUAUCUUGUCCGAAAAGUAUUAUCCGGACAGUUUUGACAUUAAGUAUGUGAAUGCCAGUUACAACAAUUCGGCUGUUGUCAUUACACAGGGGGUAAAAGCGGGUUAG